AUGACGAACGCAAGUACAAAGACAAAAGCCGACAUGCCGGCACCAACAUCGAAGGAGGCACCGAAGUGGAAGGGGAAGGCGAGGAAGUUAGGGGAGUUUUGGGCGAGGUUUGAGGAGUACGCGACGAGUUGCAACGUACCAGUGGCGGAUAAGGCGGAGAUCGCGCUGAGAUACGUGGUGAAGGACAAGGACAAGGAGAUUUGGGAGGCGGUUCCAGGGUAUCCGGCGGAGUACGAGAGGUGGAAGAACGGGGUGAAUGGGUUAUAUUCGGAGGAUGAGAAGAAGGCGAGGAGGUCAUUGGCGGAGUUAGCGAAGUUCAUCGAGAAGUCGAGGAAGAAGAAGAUUAGGAAGGAGUCGGACCUCACCUCGUACUAUCGGGAGUUCCUCUGGCUUGCGCACCCGUUGAAGACGGCUGGAACACUCCCCGAGGCGAUGAUGAACAAGGAGUUUUGGUUUGGGUUGCAUAAGAAGGCGAGGGAGGAGAUCAAUGCGAGGUUGACGGUGACGAAGGAGAACUGGGAUAGGAAGAACGCACCAACGAUUGAGGAGCCGUUGGAAGUCUCGGUAUCGCCCUUCGUCGAGCGACUCGGAUUCGGACUCUUCAAGCUCAGAUUCGGAUUCGAAGACCUCGUCAGAUUCGGACAGCGACUCAGAGGACGAGAGGAGGAGAGGAGGAGGAAGAGGAGGAAGGAGAAGGACAGGGAGGACGAGGUGACGACGAAGAGGGUUGCGUUCGAGACGCCGAAGGCCAAAGUGGACGACUCGAAGCGAUUCGACGACAUCAAGGACAUCACCAGGCGACUAACCGGCCUCAAUGUCACCGAUUCGAACUACGCCGUGUUGUUACGCCUGCAGGUCGCUCGCGAAUAG